AUGCGUUUAUCAGGACGGAUUGUGCUGCUUGUUACCAUUGCUAUAACAGCGAUAGCAGCUCUCUUUUGUGUUAUUGGCUUAGCGACGAAAUCAUGGGCUGGCUCGACCGGUAUAUUUGACUUGGAUUACAAAGCACCAGCCGCUCUUUCUAUUAUUUCAUUUAUACUAUUGAUUGUAUCUGUUGUCAGUCUUGUCUUGCAAAUGUUCGAUAUUUUAAGUGGUACUCUUCAAUUAGUACCAAUCAUUUUAUUAUUCGUUGCAACAAUCUUUUUAUUAGGAACAUUUGUUUCCUACGUCCAACGUGCGCUGGGUUCGUCGUUUGAUCUCAUGGUAACGGCUCAUUUCUUCUCGUAUGUAGCUUUAGCUAUUCUAUCAUUUUGGUUUGGUCAAUCAAGUGCAGGAAUGGGUGCUACAAGUUAA